UGGACUGCAGGGAGUUUAGCAGGAAGGCGCACUGACUCCAAAAGAACAAGUGGAUGGAAAGAGCCCAGUGCAAUGGAGAAACUGAACCACGGUGUAGAGAUCGGUGCCCUGUAAAUUAAGAAGAAGGGAAGAGAUGCUUGCAUGAGACAAGAGGGAAUGAAGAGUAGGAUAAAGAGUUUUGAUGAGGAGUUGAGAUUAUUUUCCAAAAUGGCACGGAUUUGCUCCAAUGCAAAUGCGCAUUUUGCAAAGAUGACAUAGCACUUGAGAAAAUGGGAUUCCUGCAGGAACAGAACUCACUCACAACCUGAAUGAAAAGAGAAAAGGGAUUCUAUUCAAAUCGGAAUUUAGUUUUGUUUUUAAUUUUUUUUCUUCUUUUACUUGACAAGCCUCGGUUGUGAGUGAACGCAGAGUGAAAUAUGAAUCUGGGCAAAGCACUUCUGUUUUUCCUCCUCUCAAACUGUGUGACAAUGACUUUGUCGCUAUCCACUUGCACCACUGUGGACAUUGACCACAUAAAGAAAAAGAGAGUGGAGGCGGUCCGGGGACAGAUCCUAAGUAAACUCCGGCUGACCAGUCCGCCUCAAACAACAGGUCCAAGUCAAGUACCGUUUCAGGUUCUGGCCCUUUAUAAUAGCACCAAGGAGCUCAUUGAGGAACUGGGAAGAGACAGGCAGCAGAGUUGUGGACAGGAUAACACGGAGACUGAGUACUAUGCCAAAGAGAUUUACAAGUUCAACAUGAUCAGUGGUCCACCAGAAAACAAUGACCUCCCCUACUGCCCUAAGGGUAUCACCUCCAAGGUAUUCCGCUUCAACGUCUCGACCAUGGAGAAGAACUCCACCAACUUGUUCCGGGCUGAGUUUCGAGCCCUGCGGAUCCCCAACCCCGGCGCCAAGAAAAACGAGCAGAGGAUUGAGCUCUACCAGAUCCUCCAGAAAGACGACCCCAAAGCCAAACAGCGCUACAUUGGGGGCAAGAACGUCCUGACCAAGGGAACACCUGAGUGGGUCUCCUUUGAUGUUACAGAGACAGUGAGGGAGUGGUUAAUGUACCGACAGACCAACCUUGGCCUGGAGAUCAGUGUGCAUUGUCCCUGCCAUACUUUCAGGCCUAAUGGUGACAUUAUUGAGAAUGCCAACGAGGUGCUGGAGGUCAAGUUCAAAGGUAUGGAAGCAGACUAUGACGAUCUGAGCCGUGUGAAAAAACAAAAGGAGCAAAUCUACCCCCACCUCAUCCUCAUGAUGCUCCCUCCCCACAGGCUGGAUGCCCAGUCCUCUUCCCGCAGGCGCAAGCGGGCACUUGACACCAAUUACUGCUUCAACAAUUAUGAGGAGAACUGCUGUGUGCGACCACUAUAUAUUAAUUUCCGGCAGGAUCUGGGCUGGAGGUGGAUCCAUCAGCCUGAAGGGUACUAUGCUAACUUCUGCUCUGGGCCCUGUCCUUACCUACGCAGUGCAGACACCACCCACAGCUCGCUGCUGAGCCUCUACAACACCUUGAACCCCGAAGCAUCCGCCUCACCCUGCUGUGUUCCUCAGGACCUGGAGCCCCUCACCAUCCUCUACUAUGUGGGUCGCUCCCCUAAAGUCGAGCAGCUCUCCAACAUGGUCGUCAAGUCCUGCAAGUGCAGCUAAACUUCAGAGCUUCAGGGCCCGGCGAGAGACACGGGAUGUGAUGGCUCCCAGCACUACUCAGGAGCGGGUAUGAGGGGUUAAAGGGGGGCGUGGUACAGUUUGUCCUCCAUCAGUGCCUCUUCCCUCUGCUUCCGCCUUGCCCAAGCUCUGUCACGAACAACAAAGAUGCAGUCCACCACUCUGCUCACAAUCAUUGGCAGCAUUUACCUAAAAGACUCGUCAAACACCACUUCACUAACAGCGCUCUCAAACCCAUCAGACCUCUUGUUGACCUUCAACAAUUGCCUUUUGACAUCAGUGUUUCUCAUGUUUUUGUUUUUGUUUUUUUUUUUAUAUUCCAGCAUUUUGAACAGCCUGUACCUCAGUGUUACGUGACAUUGAUAUUCAAAACCCAUUUUCAGCGAAAGAGGAACAGAACUAUAAUCGUCUUGCAAUGACCACUGCAUUCUCGAGGACAUAAAAUAAUUGCAGUCAAAAAAGAGAAAAUGACUGAGAAUGCAGACUGAGCUCAGCAUGACAGGAGUACGUCAAAGAGGGGAAGAUAACAAUGAUUGUUCGCUGAGAGCAAACACAUCCCUCGGCCCUGACUCACAGGACACCUUCGAAUGUCCGAGCUGGAAACUGACGCUGUGUACGCCACGGCUCCCUACACUGUUUAUUUAGGAUUAAAUGCUGUUAAAUGAAAAUGAUCUUAGGAAAAAAAAGAAAACAUGCUGGAAACCAACCUUUAUUUCAAAGUAGUAUUUCCAUGGUUAUGUUUACCUCUGUAAUGCAACAGGAUGGUGAUUCCAGGGAUUGUUUCGUUUUAAAGUGAAGCCUUUCUGUUGUAUGAGACGAUGUAUGUCACUAAGUGAACACUUAACUAGAUCACAAACUGUAAAUGUUUUUCUUAUUACUCUUGGAAACACUUUUUUUAAUUAAAAAAUGAACAGUUGGAUAGAAGCGUUCUAUGUUCGUUAUUGUUGAGUUUUUACAUUUGCGUACAGUAUUUCAGAGCACUUUAUUUUAAAGGGUAAGAAGGUAAAUUUAGAUGACCAAAGUGAAUACAUCCAACUUCCAAGUGUACAGUAUGUGUGGUGACCAAAUACAUUUUCCGACAUGAUCAGCAUGUUUUCAUGUUUUCUAGGUGUUCAUGUCAAUGUUGCUUGCUACAAACUGCCUAAAUGAUUCCAAAAAUAUUACAGUUCCAUGCAUUUGUGUUGUAAACAAUCAGGAACAAAACAGAUUGAAAUAUCAGACUGUAAAUAAUGUUGUAUAGCCACAGUAGAUUAUAGACAUUGAUUUGGACUCUAUUGUUGGAUUCUUGUAAUACAGCAUGCACUGGCUUUAACAGCAGUAGAUCCACAACAUGAAGUUCAACAUCGAUCACUACAAAGAAAUCCAAUACCAUCAAGUGUAAUAAAACCAGCUCUGUUGUACUGCA